UGUCGCAGUUGGAAAAAGUCUAGGUGUCGUCAGAACGCGGAUUAAAAUGUAGUUUCAAAAGUCGUACAAUUAUCCCAACUUCAAGUAAAAUGGCUGCAUAUGCGAGCGCAAGAGGCAAAAUUAUUAUCAACGCUGCCCAAAACAUCCAGAACUAAGCAGCCAAAAUGUUAAAACAAACGGUUAAUAUGCAUGCUCAUAUGAUUUUGCCGCAGAUGAAUUUUUUAAUGUACGCUCGACAAUGCGCUUUUCGCAACGCUCAUGCAAAUUACUUGUGAGUCUCCGGGAUUUAAAAAAGAAUCAAUCCUAGACGAAAACUGUAAUGUUACAUAGUUUGUCAAGUUUCACAACAAUGUAUUUCGACUUAAGGCGCUUUUGGACUUAAAUAAUCAUUGAUAGCAAAACAAGAAAGAAAUGAAAAUAUGUAGAAAAUCCAUACAUCACCUAUUCCUUAAGUACAGUGAUAAAGCGUAGCACUGUAGCGAAAUGAUUUAAAAAAGACGAAAAAAUAAAUACAUAUACCGAUACUUUGUUUUGAUACUGCUCGCAAUUCACAACACUGCCAAGCGGCGUUACCUCAAGUUGGCGUCGACAAACAUUUAAAGUUUUGUUAUCGGGAAUAUCAAGUUCACAAAUAUUUGUAUAUUCAUUUGAGAAUUUUUUGUGCGUGACGAUAUCCGUUUAAAAACAAUGCCAUUCGCCAACGAGGGAAAUGAUCCAAUAGCCGCUCGCCUCUCCAAAUGCUAUUGGAAUCUUUCGUCUCCAUUCUUGAAGGAUGUCAUUCCAAAAAAGCGUCCGUCCAAAGCAUUCAAUCGCAAGCCGCCGACCAAACUGGAAUCCGAGGAGGAGGAGUACCACAAAUUCGAGCGUGGUCUCCACAUUUCUGACUUAGGCCCCAAGUUAAAGGAGACGGAUGGACAGCCAAAGCUUAAGUUCGAGCUGGCAGACGACUACAAGAGCUCCAAACACUGCAUCUGCAUGCGCUCAAACACCGCAUACGAGUGCGAACGAUGCCAUCAGUACUUCUAUGGUCGCCUCGCCCAGAUUUGUGAUCUGCAUCCAAAUGAGUUUUUCCUUAUGGACUUUCGCAAUUGUCCAUUCUGUAAGGCACCCAUUGAGAUGAUUAAGAAGUCACCUAUCAGCUGGGAGACAAUACGUAAGAUUGAAGAAGCCGAAUUGCCCAGUGAUGGGGAUCUAUGAUUAUGAGUUUGAGACUCAGCUGCAUGUUACCUUAAAUACAUUGUUAAAUGUAAAAACAAGUGUAUAUAUAUAUUUAAUAUAUACUUUUCGGACUUCGGUUAAAAGGGGCUGAGUUUGAUUGUCCCUUGGCCCACAUGUCAGUAUUCAUUUUGCAGCUCAACAUUUAUGUAUGAUGUGUUAGACAGGAACUGCGGCACGGACAUGACCACGAUAAACCCUUAUAGCCCAGUCUGCAGAUUGGCACUGCGGCAGUGACUCGACGCAAAGUGCAUGGCAUGGAUAUGCAUGAGCUUACAGCUGUUUCCAAAAUGAAAGGUCCCUAUUUUACUUCCCAGUACUUCAGUUCGCAAGAAUUUCCACGUACUAAUGGGGUAACUAGACUGCGCUUCUCUCUCAACAUGCUGAUACAUAUCAGUGCAGCGCGAAGUCUCAGCUUGGCACCAUUGAAAUCAGCGGACAAAUUCAUGUCACCAGAUAACAAUUCAAUCACUUAAGAGUUCAGCACAUUUUGAAAUCGCUUUACAAUGCCCCAUGCCAAGUCUCCAUGGGCACAUUGUGGUGUCCUCCUUAGUUCUUCGUCCUGCGCUGCUCUGGCUAACUCCUGGUGGUCUGAAUGCUGUUUCAUUUUGUAGUUGUAACUGCCUGCCUUGGUUUUCAAGUUAAGGGAGAAGUUGUAUCUGCUCCCGAAUCUUAUGAUUUUGCAAUAUCCUCGGAGUCGCAGUUGUCAUUGCUAAAGUUGAAAGAAACACAUGUCAACAAUCUUCAGAGCUAUAAAAAAGUUUUAAAGAAGCACUUACAGAAAAUUAGGCGAGCCAUAAGGCAAUCAGAAGAACUGUUGAAAUCGACUAAAACCUCCCCGCGUAAUUUAAUUUAUGGAUAUAAGGUUCUGAGGCACCUUCACAAUGAUUGGCCCCAAUAUUUCAGACUAUUAAAGAAAGAUCUAGGUCUUGAACAGAUUGCGGUCUCUCAGAUGUUAUUAACACAGCAACCAACAUCUGUGGACUUCGAAGAAUCAAUGGGUGCUAUGCAUAGACUUCAAACUGUUUACAAUUUGGACUCCUAUGCCAUGACUGAAGGCUUUAUAGAUGACAAAGAUAAGAACAUUAGAAAUUGGAGUGCUGAUGAGUGCCUAAUGCUCGGUCUGAUGUAUCUAUUCCUAAAAGAUUACAACCAAUCGGAGAAUUGGUUGGAAUUGGCUCUAUAUCAUUACGAUGAUAAUGUCAGUCCAGAAGUUCUUAAAAUUAAACUUUGGAACUACCCGAACCUGUUGGAAUCCCUAGUGGAGGCCAACAAGGGACUUGGUCACUAUUUCGAAGCUAAAAAGUAUGCGAAUGAGCUGCUCUCAAUCAAUCCCAAUCACACUUAUAUGCUGACACAACUGCCAAAGCUAAAACAUUUGCAAUCGAAUCCUGCCAAACUCACAAAACCGAAGAAAGUGUUCCAGCUGCAGAAAGAAAUAUGCUCAAAACGCUAUAGGAGGAAAUCAGGAGUUCUUGUAUGUCGCUAUGUGGAUUGGACACCAUUCCUUAAACUGGCACCCUUAAAAAUGGAGGAGUUGUCCAUGAAACCCUAUAUCAGUAUUUUUUACGGAUUCCUUGGUCAAAAGGACAUAGAAGUUUUAAAGAAUGUAUCCAGACCAAAACUUCAACGAAUCGAACAUUUAUCAGGGAAUUGCAGUUGCAAAAUCGGAAAUCUUUCUACUUCUUUACAUGAUGUUGUACGCAAAGUAAAUGAAUUAAUUCUUGGUAUUACUGGAUUUCCAUUGAAGGGAAAUCAAAUGCUAGAAGUUAUAAAUUAUGGUAUUGCUGGGAACUACAAUCCCGAAGAGCCCAAGAUCCACAACAAAGCAAAUGCUUUCAUCUUUUUGAGCAAUGCUGGAAAGGGCGGAGAAAUAGUUUUUCCUUCUCGCCAUUUAAAAGUCAGACCUCGAAAGGGUUCAAUGUUAGUUUGGGAAAAUCUCAAAAAAAGUCUUAUUUAUCAUCAGUGUCCAAUUCUAAAGGGAAAUAUGUGGGUGGCUAACAAAGUGUUAAACUGACGUUUGUACUUCAUAAUUUAUGUACUCUUGGAAGGCGAUUUUCCAUUUAUUUCAAGUUAAGCACUUGACACUUUCUGAGUUAUUGCGAAAGUCUGCUAGAUGUAUUUUAUAUUUAUGUGAAUUGGAUCCAACGAAAACGUGAACUUUACGAUUUUAAAAUAAUAUAUUUUCUUAUUUAAUAAAGUAAAUGUUAAUU